UUUAAGCAGCCAAGUUAUUAUCCGAGAAAGCAAACAUUUCCUCGGCUGUUCUCUACUGGAAACCUUUGAUAUUUCCCCGUUUACCAGAAUCUGAACAAGUGGAAAUUAAAGCUGUCGUUCCCGGAAGUUAAAUUUCAGAUUUUAGCUGCGUACCUAAGUGAGGCACCAUGCCAUGGAAGAAAGGAAGGCGUAAGAAAGAUUCCAAAGAGUCAGACGAAACAGAACAAAGACCACCCUUACCUAAAACACCAGGAGCUCACCCCUCCGAACAAAGAGCAGGUGCAAGUGGAGCAACUGCUGAUGAAAUACCAGAUGGCAACUCGAGGAACUUUGGACGAGGUCACAGAGGGUGGAACAGAUCAAAACCUUGGGAAAGUAAAAAUGAAGGAUUCAGGGUACCGUCUCGUGGAAGAGGAGGAGUUAAUCAAGAGACGUUCAAAGUACAACGGCCAGGAAGAGUAACCCCUGUGAGAAGAGAUCGAAAGCCCAGGGCACAACACUAUACUCGUGGUAAGUUUCAAGCUGGACAAUUUCAUUUCCUGGAGCUGAAACCAUUAAAGGACAUGGAUUCCACUGAGGUGGUUAGCGUCUUAAAUGAGAGUAUGGCCCGUCUCAAAUAUUUUCUGAGGUCUGAUGAGGAAGAGCACAACAGUGAUGAGUUCAUCAUGGAUCUCACCUACACACUAGCAAAUGCUUGCAGCGCACCACCAAGUGAGAAAACAAACAAGAUUCUAUCCUCCCUUAAAGGCUCAGUCUUCUUUAGCUCCAAGAUUCCACGUUUGUUAGAUCGCAUACAGGGGUCAACAACCUUGCACGAUCAAGAAUCUCGAAAACAACUUAUUCAGUGGUUGAUUGUAGUGUUUGGGAAGUAUUUGAGGCACUUGCCGAGUUCCUAUGCCGAUCUGCCUUACGAUCAAUUGAAACGAGCUUUGGAACAGUCCAACAUUGAUGGAAAGGAUAAACUCCAAAAUGAUUUGCAGGCUUUUAACCACGCUAGAGACGACAUCAUAAGGGCUGAAAGACAGAAGCAUGGAAAACGCUACAUCAACAAGGCAGGGCAAAAGCCACCUAACGAUUUCAGAGACAUACCGGUUUGUCCCACUAGCAAAGAAAUCAGAACUCAAGAACGACCCUUCCUGCGAAAGAAUAUCACUAAAGGGAGGUAUGACGAUGCCGAGCACUACCUGGAUGUGCAAUUUCGACUUCUCAGGGAAGACUUCCUUGAGCCACUUAGAGAAGGCAUACCCGAAAUUGUCCAAAAUGUACCAAGAAGACAGCGGAAACAGUUGAUGAGAAGUUACCCGGGAGCAAGAAUCGUCGACAAGACUUUUACGCCGUCUGGAAUAACGUACAAAGUACAAUUUGAUACCUCGAAAUUCGAUACCAGAAAGUGGGCACACUCAAAACGUCUUAUUUUUGGCUCAUUCCUUUGUCUUUCUAAAGAUAACUUUGAGAACAUGCUUUUCGCCACGGUCUGUAACCGAGAACCAUGGGAACUGGUGAAAGGAAAAAUUGAAAUUCGCUUUAUUGAGGGGCAAGAUGUGUUUGGAAUAGAAAAUUGGAAAUGUGAUUAUCAAAUGGUUGAGUCACCCGCUUACUUUGAAGCGUACCGUCAUGUUCUUACAGGUCUAAAGGAAUUGGAUGAAGUUACCAUGCCCUUCAAGAAAUAUCUGGUCGAAUGCAGUGAAGAAGUCAAUCCACCAGAGUAUCUGAGGCGCGAGGAUACUCAACACUCGGUGUGUUAUGAUCUUCGUUUGGCUUUGGAUGUACCGGAGUUGGCAAACGUUAGUGCGGUGCCUAUUCUGAUGCCUGAAGCGUGGCCCUCAGUUGAGAUGCUUCCCCUUAACGAUUCACAGCUUGAAGCCUUGAAAACGGCUCUUACAACAGAGUUUUCGGUAAUUCAAGGCCCGCCUGGAACGGGGAAGACGUAUGUUGGAGCCAAAAUUGUGCGAUGUUUACUUGAAAACCGAGAAACUUGGGACCCCGAAAGAAUUUCGCCAAUGCUCAUGGUGUGUUACACAAAUCAUGCUUUAGAUCAGUUCCUCGAGAAAGUGUUGGAAUUUCUCCCCAAGAAGGAAAUCAUUCGUGUCGGAGGAAGAUGCAAAAGUCAACAACUUGAAGAGUGUAACCUGAAGCUAUUUACUCGUAAAUACAAGAUGUAUGCAAGAAGAGACGAGCUUAGAGAGAUAAUUGACAAGAAAUAUAUCGAAAGGACCCAGUGGAGAGAAUUGCUUGCAAAAGCUGACAAAGUCCUUUUAGAAUUCGAAGACUUGGAAGAAUUACUGAACGCAGAGCACAUAGAGCAGCUAUACAAUGCCGUUUUCCCCCACAAUGCUGCAGGCGAAUGCCGAACUCCGAGCAACACUUUCAAACUGUGGUUGUGCAAUAACAUGGAGAUGAACUCAUCCAAUCAACAGUCAAAGAGCAAGGAAAGUGAGCUGAAAAUCUCCGAAGAAAUAUUAGUCCUCCCAGACAACGACGGAGGAAAAGAUGAUAGCGCUUCUUGGGACUACACAUCGUUGGCAACGUCACUGGAUUUGGACCAAAGUAACAGCAACAAUCAACUUACAGUUGAGACUGGAAGCUCGACACUGUCCUCAGUAUCUACCGCUGGAAACACCACACUAGAGAAACCUGAUGAGACUGAUGCAUCAAACGUCUCAGUUGGUAAUCCCAAGUUCAACAAAGACUUCAGUUCAGGCCUGAGAGAAUUCAUGGAAACGCCUCUUAAAGAAACCAUACGAGAAGGCAUUUCAGGUCAAAAUAGCGGCACGUUGGCUGCAUCAGGAGCUUUUCAAGCCAUUUCAGACGCAAAGAAUGUGCCAGCGUUAAAAUCACCGAAGGAAUCAAAUGAAGGAGAAGACAACCCUCAGGUUGAGAAUCGUCAAACUUUGACUGAUAGCCAUAAAGAAAGUGCCGAAGAAAUAACAGACGUUUUUGAAGAGAAAAUUGCAGUAGAGAAGGAAGCUGAUUUGAUUCAAGAUCAAAGACGCAUUCACGGAGAAGAAGAAUUUCUGCAGGUAAUGUCGCAAAAGGCAGGAGAACUUAGUCAAAACUGUGAUGAUAAAGGCGAAAUUCCUGACCACGAAGAGGGAUGGGAAGUGGUAACCUACAGAAAGAAAGGGAAAAAACUCUUUGCGUGGAAGCAGGCAGUGGAUGCACAUCCCAAAGAGGAGAUGGAAAACGUUACAAAUGCCGACGAUACUAAUCAAACAAAACCUUCAAGAAAAAAGAAAAGGAAAAAAAGAAACAAGAACAAGAAGAGCACAGUCACAAUAACAGCAGACAUAGGAUCAGUAAAAACGGAUCUGGAAAAAGUAUCGACGAUGUCAAACGAUGAAGCGAUGACCAUUGAGAACAUCUGGUUGCUAUCCCCAUCAGAUCGACUUCGACUGUACCUUUCGUGGGUAGAAAGCUACCGUGAACGCUACCGAGUAGAAGUCAUCAGAAGCGAACAGGAAUAUGAACAACUUUGCCAACAGUUCGAGGGAGUCAGAUUUGAAGAGGAGAAAGAAGUCAUGCGUCGGGCAACAGUUGUUGGUAUGACAACCAGCGGCGCAGCGCGGUAUCACUCAGUGCUACAGAGAAUUGCUCCCCAAAUCGUUGUCAUCGAAGAAGCAGCAGAGGUUAUGGAAGCCCACAUCAUUACUUCUCUGUCGGCCAACACAAAGCAUACGAUUCUAAUAGGAGACCAUAAGCAACUCCGUCCGAAGGCAACAGUCUACGAACUAGCCCAAAAAUACAAUCUUGAGAUAUCACUGUUCGAAAGAAUGGUCAUGAACAGUAUGGAUUGUAAGCGUCUGGCCAUACAACAUCGUAUGCGUCCUGAGAUUGCCGAAUUAACGAAGAGGAUAUAUGAUCACGAGAUUGUCGACCAUAGAUCAGUCUGCGAGUUUGAAGACAUCGCUGGUGUAAAAUGCAACCUGUUCUUUAUUGAUCAUUGCGAGCCUGAAAAACUGGAAGGUGGGCUACAAAGUUACUCCAAUUCGCACGAAGCUGACUUCUUGGUUGCCCUCUGCAAAUACCUUAUAAUUCACGGAUACCAGCGGAGCCAAAUAACACUUCUAACCAUGUAUACCGGCCAGUUGCUACUUCUUCAAGAAAAGAUGCCGAAAAAAACUUUUGGAGGAAUUAGGGUCUGUGCAGUGGACAAUUUUCAAGGUGAAGAAAAUGACAUCAUCCUCCUAUCAUUGGUGAGAAGCAAUUCAGAACGUAAGAUUGGUUUCCUGGGAGAUUCAAACAGAAUAUGCGUUGCAUUAUCAAGAGCCCGAAAAGGAUUUUACUGCAUUGGAAAUUUCAGCUUGUUGAAAGGCCAGUGUAAGCUGUGGAAGGAAAUUUGUGAUCAUCUUCAAACAAAGAAUGCUGUCGGGAAGUCACUGCCAAUUGUUUGUAAGAAGCACAAACAUGAGACCGAGGUUAGUUCUUCAAGUGACUUCGACAUUCACGGAGGUUGCAAAAUGCCCUGUGACUACCGACUCAAAUGUGGUCAUGCCUGUGACAGACCAUGCCAUGCCUAUGACAUGGCUCAUGAAAACUGUCAAUGUACCAAGUUUUGCCUCACGUCGUGCCCAAACGAACACCAGUGUAAAGACAGGUGUCAUUAUCCCAGAAAAUGUCGCCCAUGCCAUAUCAAGGUGUUAAAGACAAUUCCUCAAUGUGGUCAUGAACAAUCAGUUCCCUGCAGCACCGACCCGGUGACAUUUUCUUGUAGAGAAAACUGCAAGAAGAUUCUGCCUUGUGGACAUGAAAAAACGCUUCUGUGUUAUCAAGAUCCUACUGUGUAUAACUGGUGUGAUACGAUCUGCACUAAGGUUCUGAACUGUGGUCAUUCUUGUUCCAUGAGAUGUAUGGACCCCUGUCAAUGUACCACUGAGAUUGAAGUUGUGCUUGAGUGUGGACAUCGAAAAAAGCUUUUAUGCCAUAUGAAGGACACCUCACCAAAAUGUACUGAGAGGUGCAACAGAGUUUUGGAUUGUGGACACACUUGCUCCAGUGUUUGUUUUGAGGACUGCAGAAUAAGGCAAUGUAGAACCAUGGUUAACAAGUCUCUUCCUUGUGGUCACGAGAAAAAAGUCCCUUGCCCACAAGACCCAGCAUCUGUUUUCUGCUACGCUCCUUGUCAACGACAGCUCGAUUGCGGACAUAAGUGUCCAACUGUGUGCGGGCGUCCCUGCCAAGAGGUUCAGUGUCAAGAAUUGUGCCUAAAGAAGUGUGGUGGUGGUCAUAUUUGUCCAAAACCGUGCCAUUAUGGUAUUUCUUGUGGGGAUUGCAUGAGAAUGGUUCAUGUGGAAAUUCCAAAGUGCAAACACAGUACUUGGAAGCCUUGUCACGUAGAUACAGCCACGCUUAACUGUGAAAGGCCAUGUGAGAGGUUUAAAGCCUGUGGACAUCCCUGUCUGGAUAUUUGUGGUGCAGACUGUGAAAACCAACCAUGCAAGAAGAGGGUUGAAGUUCAACUGUCAUGUGGACAUCAAAAGUCCCUGUUAUGCAACGUUACAAGGAGUGGUACAGAGAAUUUACAGUGCAACGAGAUAGUCGAGAAAGAAUUAUCCUGCAAACAUAGAAAACAACUUCCUUGUCACAAAUGUCCUGACGAGUACGAAUGCAAAGAGAAAGUCAAAGUAAAAUUAUUGUGUGGACAUACAAAGUCUCUUGUUUGCUCCGUUGCAACCGGCAACCUGCAAGGUAUUUCCUGCAUGGUGAAGAUGGAACGAAAACUACCUUGCGGACAUGAAGCAACGCUUCCGUGCUACAAAACGCCUGAAGAGUAUCUCUGCGAGAAGGAAGUUGAGAUUAUUCUUUCCUGUUCCCACAGGAAGCUUGUGACAUGUGCCAGGGCAAGAAUUGAACCGGGAAACGAAUCCUGUUAUACAACUGUAACGAGAAAACUAGCCUGUGGGCAUGAAAAGGAGAUGAAGUGCUCAGAUAAACAGCAGGAGGCAUUUUGUGAAGUUUCUUGUGAACGCUCUCUUCCAUGCAAGCACCCUUGUCCCGGAAAAUGUGGGGAUAAUUGCUCUGGUUUCAAAUGUGCCGUCACAGUUUCAAAAUUUCUGGCUUGCGGAUUUCAUAAAAUGAAUUUCCUAUGCUCUGAAGAUGUGUCCAGGGUCAUUUGUACAAAAAACUGCACAAAAUAUUUAGUUUGCGAACAUAAAUGUCCUGGUAAAUGUUUCGAAGACUGCAAUCAACACAAAUGCCAAAAGAAGAUACUCAAACAUCUUCAUUGUGCGGGUAACCACUCUCUGAAAAUGGCUUGUAGCGACGACCCCACAACUGUAACAUGCCGAAAGCCAUGCGAGAAAACUCUGGAUUGCGGCCACCCAUGUCCGGGGCUAUGCUUUGAAGACUGUGAAAACAUGCAGUGUAUGAGAAGAAUAGAAAAACGUUUUCCAUGCAAUCAUGAAGAAGCAAUUAGUUGCUGUAAAAGUAAGACUGCUACUUGCUCAGCACGCUGUGGGCGUCGAAAGAGCUCAUGCAAACAUAUUUGUCAGGGAGUUUGCGGUCAAGACUGCUCCAAAUACCCCUGUAUGGUGGUUGUGGUAAAAAAACUUUCAUGUGGUCAUAACGUUAAGAUGCCUUGUAGCCAGAAUGCUGAUGAUGUAGAAUGCCCUGCUCCAUGUAAAGAUUAUUUGCCUUGUGGUCACCAGUGUUCAGGGAAUUGUAGCGAUUGUCAUCAACGGGAUUCACAUGAAAUGUGUCAAUAUUCAUGCCGUCGAUUGCUUGUUUGCUCACAUCGAUGUAAAGCCAAGUGCGGUGAGCCUUGUCCUCCAUGUGACAGAAAAUGUGGCCGACGAUGCCCUCAUGCUAGAUGUACAAAUCACUGUUCGCAGCCGUGCAAGUCAUGCAAACAACCCUGUACCUGGAGUUGUCCUCAUUACCAGUGUAAUAGCCUUUGUGGAGAAGAAUGCGACCGACCUCGAUGUGACGCUCCCUGCCCCAAAAAACUGUCUUGCCGCCACCCGUGCAUUGGUUUAUGUGGUGAGAACUGUCCUACUGUCUGUCCCGUUUGUCAUCCUAAAAAGUUCUCCUCUUUGUUAGCUAAUGGACGCGGUAAAAAAAUGGAAUCAACAAGAUACUUGCAGCUAUGGGAUUGCAAUCACAUUGUAGAGGUCAAGGAGAUGGACAAGUGGAUGGACUCUCAUUUGGAUAAUGACGCUCAACUCAUAACAAGAUGUCCGAAAUGCACUGUAGCAAUAACAUUCAGCUAUCGUUACGCGAGAAUUAUCAAAAAGAUGCUCACGAACAUUGAAAAUGUAAAGAUACAAGUGCAAGAAGUUGAAAGGGAAGUAGGAAAGUCAAUCAGCCUUAUAGGAAAGGACCUACUGCGUCUAAAUUAUGUUGUUCCGAGAGUCCUGCUGUCUCCAAGAGAGGGCGCCCAUCUACCACUAUGCAUUCCAUGGAAUUGGAACCCCCUUACUUUACCAGGAAUGCCAGAGCGCCGCGUUUCUUUAAUGUUCACAUUUAAGAACCAUUUGAUGAUACUUAGGCAAGCACAGCAAGCUCAUCCAGUGCUAGAAAACAUUCGCAGACUUCAAGCAGAAUCACAAAACCAGGUUGAUGAGGGUAGGCUGUUAAAAGACAUCGAAGCCUCCUUUGGACAAAUCAAAGAAUACCUUGAGAAACCACAACUGGAUUUAAAAACACUCAGUCAAGUUCAUCAACAAACCAAAAAGAUCUUUCUUUUCUGUCAUGUUUUAGAGGCCCAAAGCAAGGCUGUGCAGCAACGGAUUCCUUUGUCCAGAAUGGGUGAAACUCGGCUAAGAUUGGCUCGCGAGCGGUUUGCUUUGUUCCUUCAAGGUGAAGAUAAUUCUCUGGAUCUUGAAUGGUUGGAAAAAAUCGUCAAUGUGUUAAGAACCGAGGUAAAACUUCCUAUUCUACAGGUUGAAGAAAUUCUGAGCUUUGCAAAUUUUCCAGGAUAUCAAAGAGACGUCUGGAACUUGUGUGGACAAGGUCACAUGUACUACACGACUAGAAUUGUGCGAGGUGGCAAAGACAUUUCUGUAGGGGGUGAAGGUUGCACUCGGUGUGCGGAUGGUCACAAUGAAACAAGUUAACUGAGAGACUGAUGUAGAAUGAUGUAAAACACAUUCAGCAAAUCUGAGUUCAGGUGUGCAAUAUAAUACAGCGGUUUAAACACAAUUACGCUUUAAACCGUCCUAAACAGUCUAGCGUGAAGAGAACAUGAAAAAUAUGCAGAAGUCAGCGGAAGCGCAAGAACAUUAACUUUCUUGUCACUGGUUGAAACACCGUCUUGAUGGUGAAGGUAGUGUCGCACAAUGUUUACAACUAAUCUUGAACUUAAACGACCUCUAUAACUUGCGGGAAAAAAGUUGGACAACAUUGAACAAUAUUGAACUAGAGAAUUUCCUUUGGCCAACUGACGUAGUGUGCGUGGUAAGGAUAAUUCUGAUAACGCAGAGAGUGAGAUAUCCUUAAUGAGAGGCCGAGAACGUAUUGUAAGUGGACUGCUGCUUAAAUCCGUUCCUUCAGCUUUCAAAGACGAGACUUGAAAAGACUAGUAGAUACCUCUGUUGCCCGUACAUAAUUAAGACCCGUUUUCAGUCUCCACGAAAGAAACUGUUUGGGGCUGCGUCGGUGGGAGUAACGAAAUAAUUUGGAUAUAUCAACAAAGUUGAAAUGGUAAA